AUGGCUGCUCGUUCUGUGUCGUUAUCCUCGUUUUGGUCCCUGGCAUUUCCUGUGAUAACCACUCACGGUCAAGUCAGGUCAAAGCUACCAGCUGUUCCUAGCGAACUUGACUUAAUGACUUUCAGCUACUACCCACAAUACGCCAACGAUGCAUCUGAAUCUACUUUGUUCAUUAGCCACGGAAGCGUCGCCCGUCCCUGGUGGAUGGUGGACUUGGAGGACAUAAACCUCGUGGAUAGGGUGGAGGUCUUGCCCAGAUCAGCCUAUGCCUACAGGUUUCACCAAGUGGAGGUCCGCGUGGGGUCGACGCCGAGGGUGGGCGAGGACUUCUCCGAGUGGCCUUUGCUCGGCUUCUACGAAGGGCCGUACACGGCCGCCGAAGGUCGUCUCACUAUCACCAACGAAACCAAGCUCUGCGGCCGCUACGUCGUCGUCCAGCGCGUUGCCGCCCAAGUGGAUCUCCUGGAGUUGGCUGACGUCAAGGUGUUCGUUCAUCUGCCCUGA